UUCGCUUAACUUUGUUUGUCUUUAGCAUAUUGUGCAAAGCGAAUCACUUGAAUAACCGCAAUAACCUGACCCGAUAACCUCGGAUUUAUUGUUACCAAUGCCGUGAUUUUGUGUGGCUUGGGGAAAGUUUUUCGGAAUUGGUAAAGUUAAGGGGGAAUAGGCGCGAGAACAUGUCUACUUCUCUGAUGUCGAAAUAACCAGCAAAAUAUGGCUACCAAUGUCGACAUGGCGUUACGUCGGUCCAAGUAAUUUUAUUGGACUCCGUUUCGUCUCAGUGAAUCCCUCUCUUUCAAUGUAUACAACAAUCGUUAUUGCAAUUCUAACUAUGAUAUAUUAAUGCAUGCAGUUGUACGAAGUGAGCAUGGCACGCAACUACUUUGAUUUCGGGUUGGUGUCGUAUGAUGUAGGCAGUGGUGACGCCUUCCACGACCAUACUGCAUGCACACGCAUCAGACGCGAGCCACAUUGCAGCACUGUGUUCACAUCUGUGUUAUAGUUACCAAAAUUGUCGCAUCCACACUAUGAGAGAAUCACUGCAGCAUUUACCUCUAGACCCUCUACCUUUAUAUAAUGUAAAUUUCUAAAAUAACUUAUUUAACAUAACAUAGGAAUUGCAUUUUGAGUUGUUAAAAUCGUACAGUAGAAUAAACCACCAACAUUUCGUUCAGUCUUAACAGUAGUGAUUUUUUUUAUAGUACAUCUUAUGUGAUUCUGAUGUGCAAAACUAACCGCAUACACUUUAUGUUUGUUAAUUGUCAUUCACAUUCAUUUUUUAAACACCAAAUGCUGUCUCUAAGUAUGUGCAGACCGGAUUUUAGAUCAGAUUUCCUAUGAACAGGUUACUGGCAACUCCGUUUGGGAAUAUUUCCCCUGUGAGCUUUGAUUGGAUAUUGCCUAGCAGUUUCACUGAAGCAGAAGGAUUUCUUGAGUUUUUAUUUUAAGUCAAAUCCAUAGGACAAACUAUUAUUAUUUUAGAUCUUUUAGAUUUUUAUCAUGUUUCUGUGUCCUCAUAUUAGCCUACUUGGAUAAUAUGCAUGUAUCUGUACAGUAUAAUAUGGUCCAUUUCACCCAAUGCUCCUAGUAUGUCAUGUGCAGCCUGCAUAAUAAGAGGUUUUGUUUGUUAGAUUAUAGCAUAUGGUCAAAGGACAAGAUAGCACAUUUUAUUGUGCCUGUCCAAAACACUUAUAUUUAUCUCCAAUCUUAAACAAGUUUCUUUGCCCAAUGACCAAGCAGAACAACAGUACAUUAUAGUGUUUAUUAAACAUAGCAGAUUUUUGGCUUAACUGAUAUAUAGAAAGGUUUAGAUUCAAAUAAAAUAUUUUAUUAGAUGUGCUUUUUCAAGUGUUUAACAAGUGUCGUCCUCACUAAAUUUAAACUAAACCACUGGCAUGUGGAUACAGUUUUGAGUUGAUUUGGGACUAAUGCCAUUUUGAUAAAACUAUUCGUGCCCAGCCUGGCAAACAUAUACUUGACGAUCCUUAACAUUCACCUUAAAAAUGUGUAUUAAGGAUAGGCAGACUUGUCUUGUUACAAUGGUUUUCUGCAUAGAGUCAAGAUGGAGGUAACUGAUACGAAGUAGUGACACAAUGUCAGAAGUAAAACUCAAGACCACAACUAUGCCUGACUAGCUUUGGCACAAAAUGUGGUUUGUGCCAGGUGACUGGCUGGAUUCAAAAUGGCUGCCUGCGUUCAUGAGGAGCUGACGUCUUUGAGGAGGUGGUUGUUGCUGCCUGUGCCUCAUAGCUCGGGCUGUUGGUGACUAAGCCGACAGUCGCUGAUGUCACAGCCGUGGGCUGGGCUACCAUGAAAGCUGUGUUUUCUCUGUCGCUGGUGGUGGUCAUGACUCUGAAAGCAGAGCCUCUUUGUCAGGGAGCCUGGCCUCGCAUCGGUGCCGGGUUAUUUGUUAGUCAUCCCUCUGUGUUCAUGUCCUGGAAAAGAUGUGCGAUACUACUAAGUUUUGGUGAAGAAAAACAACCAUUGAAUGAGAAUAGGAAAACUUUCCACACAGGACCUGGACGUCACAGACAUUGUAUGCCUGAGAAGGAGACCAUCUCUGACAGACAGUGUGGUCUGGGAUGAAGUCUCAUGAAGCCUUCCAUUGGAGCUGACAUUCACAGUCAGCGAAAUCAUCAUUUACUGAUCCACCCGUUUAAGACCUGCGCAUUGCCCAUUAACAAAGCCCCCCCGCACUGCACUGUCCUACUUCCUGACCAUGGCUAGUCGAAGAAAGUCGUCAACGCCCUGCAUGAUCCGACCAGAUGACUUGGUUGCAGCAGACGAUGCAGAUGACAUGGACUCCUGUGUAGACAGUACAGAGGAGAAUGGAUCAUGUCAUGUGUCUUCUACUGAGGAAUGGACAGACAGGAAGAGUUCUGUGAACUCAAUGCAGGACACAACAGAGCUGGAAAAACCAGAGGUGAAAACUCAACCUCAAAAGAAAAUCCAGGGUGGCUACGAGUGCAAAUACUGUCCGUUUUCCACACAAAAUCUCAACGAGUUCAAAGAGCAUGUUGAUUCCAAUCACCCAAACGUUAUACUUAACCCACUGUACUUGUGUGCGGUGUGCAACUUCAACACAAAAAAGUUUGAUUCUUUGACAGAACACAAUGAGAAAUGCCAUCCUGGGGAGAGCAACUUCAAGUUUAAGAGGAUUAAACUCAACAAUCAGACCAUUCUGGAACAGACAAUCGAAGGUUCAAACUGUGCAAUCAUCUACGAUGCCACCAGCCUUCAACAAGGAGAGGACUUCAGUUCUUUUCCUCUAAGCAAAUCCACAACGGUCAAAAUGGGAAAGCCAAAAGCAGACAGUAUUCGGUUGCCAGGAGAGGGUCAGUUGGACAGACUCACUCCAGAGCUACCUAAAAAGCAAAUUACCGCAGUGAAUGUGAAUGGGACCGUGAUUAUCCCAGAUGCAACUCUUAAAGACGGCCUUUCUCAUAUCAUGCCAUCCCUGCAACGACCACCUAACUAUAAUUUUGUACCAAAAAUUGCUGUCCCCCUAAACACUUCAAAAUACAACCCAUCAUUGGAUGGCAACCUGACCCUCAUCACCUCCUUUAACAAGUUUCCCUACCCUACCCAAGCUGAGCUCUCAUGGCUCACUGCAGCCUCUAAACAUCCAGAAGAACAAAUUAAAGUGUGGUUCACUACCCAAAGGCUAAAACAAGGGAUCAGCUGGUCUCCAGAGGAAGUCGAGGAAGCAAGAAAGAAAAUGUUCAAUGGGACAAUUCAGCCUGUUCAACAGGCGUUCACUGUCUUGCCUGCUCAUUUAACUCAGUCGACUAAAGUUUCACAGUCCCUUAUCCAGACUGUCCCUUGCCAUGUUCUUGGACAAUCCAGCCUAGUUUUGGCACCCGUUGCCAAUGGCUCCACUGCAACUGCUACUUCUCUUGCACUAACAGUUACAAAUCAAAUAGCACAGGGUGUCAAGAGACCCCACACAACACCACUGGUUGCCUCGGAGGUCAAGAGGCCUUCAAUAAUCCAAUCCGUUCAGAGCACUCCCAAGUCUGUCUCUCCAACACCAAGCCUUUCUUCGGAUUGCGAGAAAACCCCCGAUCAGAUCAGAGAACUGACCGGCAGCUAUGCUCGGUGCCAGUUUCCUGAUGAUGAAGAAGUGUAUCGUCUCAUUGAGAUGACUGGCCUCUCCUGGGGAGAGAUCAAAAAAUGGUUCAGUGAUCAGCGUCAUGGAAAUCUUAAGGCAGUGCAACAGAUUAAAACAGACAUCUCGUCGAGGGAGAACCAACCUCACAAGCCUGUCGCCACACAGUUUCCACUUCUAGAGAGAGUAAAAGGCAAAUCUUCAGAGCAAAUGAAAAAGUUAGAAGAAAGUUUCCAAAGGACUAGCUUUCCAACACAGGCUGAGAUUGACCACCUUGUGGCUGACACCAGGCUCUCCAAAACCGAAAUAGAUUGCUGGUUUACGGAUCGACGUGCACUACGAGACAACCUGGAGCAAGCCCUGCUCAACUCGAUGGGAUCAAAAAGACUCGAGCAUCAUCUUCAAAGGGGCACCCUGAACGGAGUCCAUGAACAGGACAACCGAGUCAGGGACUCGCCUCUUCCCAUUCUCACGUCACCUCUGUGUCCAGAGGCUAUUGACGGCAAGUCUCUCGGCCUUCUUAAAGAUAUGUUUGCACAAACCCAGUGGCCCUCACCGGACGAGUACAUCCAACUAGAAAAUCAAACAGGGCUAGCUCGUACAGAAAUCGUUCGCUGGUUCAAGGACAACAGAUCUGCUCUAAAGAGCGGAACCUUGGAUUGGAUGGAGCAAUUUCAAAACCUUAGCAACAAAAGACAGAAUGGCCAGAAUAGCACGGUGAUCUCAGAACAAGCCCAGAGUGUUCUACAAAGGCAUUUUCAGGAGGCGAAGCUACAAAAGGGGGAGGGUGUUGAGAAGCUAGCAGAGCAGUCAAAACUAACCAACCAGGACAUAGUUGAAUGGUUCACCAGCAAGCUGGGCCACAACAUGCCGGACAUCAGCAAAAACAAGGACCAACAUGGACAAGCAAGUGUAGACAGUAGGAGGUGGGGUUCCUUGGCACCUGACACUGAUAGCAAAGACUUUGAUGGACAGAAGGUAGCACGAGACCUUGAAGUCUUGUCUGCUGAGCACCGAGUGACGGGAUGAAGUGAUAAAG